AUGGCGUCUGCAGCAGCCGACUUGGAACCCACCUCGUCGCGCACAACCCCAGUCCCCGAUGCGCUCGUCGACGCAGACAUUGAUGGCCUGCUCGCCGGCCUCGGGUCAGACGACUUCAACGACUUUGAUGGGCUGGACGACUUCGCCGUCGGGGUGCUCAGCCCCGCCGAGGCCAGAGCGUCGACCAAGCGCGCACGCUCGCGCUCGCCUUCGCGCUCCCCUGAUCCUUACGGUAGGCAGUUGCAUGAGGACUGCGCUCACCUGCCAGAAGACGACGACCCGUUCUUCGCGCCAGUGCCCGCCGACAUCCCCGCUGUGGUCAGCUUCUCUAGUGCGGGCGGUCGUACGUGGGCCCAGCCCACGGCUGCGGCAAUGUCCAAGGCCAUGAAGAUCAUCCAGGAGGUCGAGCACGACGUCGCAGUUGAUGAAGGCCUGCCGAAGCGCCGUCGCAUCGAACCGCCAACCUCGUUCCCCAUGCCAUCGUCAUUCCCACCGCCAUCAACCCCCGCACCAGCGCGCUCAGGCUUUGCCAAUGCCGGUGCUGCGCCUGCCUCCGCGUUAGGGCCGCGCCCCACGCAGACCAGUGGGUUCCAGCUCGGGUCUGGGUCGACAGCCCCACAGAUGGCGACGAGCCGUGCUCGCGCUCUGGCAUUGUUCGGCGAGGAGGAAGCUACACCUACGGCUGGGCCGUCUACAGGCGGGUUCCAGUCGGGCUCUGGGCGGGCCGUAGCGGCACCGUCAUCUCAGAGCAUGGCUCGUGCACUUGCCAUCUUCAACGACUUGGAAGAGACUGGGCCGUCGUCGACACCCAUCCGGCGACCAUCCUCUCCACAGCCCUUCAGCACGCAGAGGCCACAAAGCGACUUCUCAACGCCAGUCAGACAGACUGGCUCGCGAGUUCCUCUGAGCAGCAAGACCAACCUUCCCAAUGGGUUCAGGACGCCAGCGAGCACAAAACUGCCCAAACGGAUUGAGAUUGGAACCCCUGGCGUAACACCACGGCGCAUCGGUCUCGGAGGAACGCCAGGUGGCAAGCCAGUACGCAAGGGAUUCGUGACACCUUUCCGAGUUCCGGGCGCGGCGACGGCUACUCAGGCAAAGACAUCCCUCUCGGCCCUCCGCACCCCGUUGAAGCCUCCACCGGAGCCCAAGAAGAUCUACGAAUCGGUGUUCAAUUUGGAGCCUCCCGGGAACCGCAAAACAUGGCGAGAGCUGUACCUCUACCCGGGGUUCUAUUCUCCUGGAGAGCUCGUAAUGCACGGCUUGCCAGACGAAAUCUGGACGCUCGGCAUAAACAACGCCAUCUACUACCAGUUCAUCGCCCAGGACGCCUCUGUGCUCGGCAAUGUUCAGGCGUUUGAGCGACUCAAGUACGAAAAGUGCGAGUUUGUGACGCAGAAAUGGGUCAACAACCACUGGCGCUUGAUCCUCUGGAAGGUGGCAGGCCAGAUCAUGGCCAAACCAGCGCUGUAUGAAGAGAAGUGGAACUGGUACGAGGUGCUGUGCCAGCUCAAGUAUCGGUAUGAGCGCGAGUUCGGAGCGGCACAGAGGUCGAUUGUGCGACGAAUCCAAGAGCACGACUCGUCUCCAAGUCUUCCUAUGAUCCUCUGCGUUUCGGGAAUUCACCACCCUCCCCCGGCCGCCAAUGAUGACGGCGAGCCGGUGAAACAGCGCCCAUAUCUGGUGCUCACCGAUGGAUGGUACGAGAUCCGAGCCGCUACGGACGAUUGCCUGGCACGGGCAAUCCUCAAGGGCAAGAUCAAGAUCGGCCGCAAGCUCGGCAUCUCUGGAGCUAGGCUUGAUUCAUCGAGCGACGGCUCAGAUGUUCUCGAGGCGUUUGAGAAGUCGAACCUCACCCUGACUGGAAAUUCGACACACCUAGCAGCUUGGGAUGCCCGGCUUGGGCUUCAGCCACAACCAUUCGUGGCAGGGCUGUCAAGCCUGUCUGUCGACGGAGGCGUUAUCGUUCUCAUGGACGUGGUGCUCGAUCGUGUCUACCCGCUGGCCUUCAUGAACGCAGACAAGGGUUCGCGUGAAGCGCCAUGGAGCGAGGACGAGGAGGCUAUGCGUGCAGACCAGUGGAAGGAAAAGUACGAGAGCGAACGCACACGCCUGAUGGACGAGAUGCGGAAGUCGCUGGAACAGCUGGAAGAGCUUGCUCGGCACCUCGCCUCGCAUGCCGAAGACGUGAACACGCGCGUGUCCGACGAACCGCCCGACAGCCUCGACGACGACUUUGACGAGCUCAUGGAGGCAAGAGACGUCAUGGGACGCAUCAGAAAGCUCUCCGGCUCGCACAUUGUCCACCUCGCGCGCCAUGCCCAGAAGAGGAUGGAGCAGGCGAUGAUGGAGGAGCAGGCAGAGUUGGAGGCCAAGCUCAAGGAGUCUUGUCCGCCACGCGACAUUCGCGACUUUCGCAUGGUGCGGUUCUCGGACGCGCGUGAGGGGAGGAAGGAGAAGGCACGGACGGGCAUGCUCAAUGUGUGGGAUGCCCGUGGCCUCGACUUGGUCGAAGGCAAGCGAUUCCUUGUAUCGAAUCUCAUCCCAGGCCGUAGCGGUGACUGGUCGGCUCCGAGGCGCGACUCGAUUAGAGAAGUGUACCUUCACACACGACGCGACACGAGGUGGAAGGCGGUCUGA